AUGAAACGUGAAGCGCCAUCUGAAUUACAUGACUCCUAUAAUGACGGCAAGGAGCGGCCGGCAAAAGUGCGACGCCGAGAGAGUUCGUGCUCGAAGAGAGAGCACAAACAAAGCAACCCACAACAAUUGCUCUCUCCCGCUUCGCCUGAUUUUGAUGGCAGAAAUCCUGACAAUUUAGAACGUCAAGCAGCGAUUCCACCUUCGCUCACGAAUGCGACCACAGAACUUGCGGACGAAAUAUAUCAGUGGAUACCCGCACUACCGGUAAUCGGCGAGUUUGAUCCUAUGAGUCAACUGGGUCAUACAGAAUCAUCUCCACCAUCAAGACCGCAUAAUUGGACUCUCCAAGAUUAUCAGAUGCACAUGAUGUCACUUGACCGACAGAAAAAGAAGCGGUUGAUAAUGGGUCGCAAAAUUCAGGGGAAAGGGCUUCCCAAGCGAACAGUGAAAGAUUACCAGAUGCAGAUGAUGGUUCUCGAGCAACAGAAUAAGAGGAAAUUGAUGUUAUUUCGUCAAGAGCAGGAAAACGCAGCGCUUUGGGCAACUAUCAAAGCCCAGCAACAUCGGGUUAAGAAAUAUGUGACAACGGUUGGGAAGAGUAAAAUUAACAGCUUUGAUGAGAUAAGUUGCCUGCUGUAG